CCGGGAGGAUGUCCGCAUUCCCGCCCUCGGAAUAUUUCGCGAACAAAACUUCGUACUCAACUUUGAUUUAAUCUCGCGAUCGUUUUAAAUGGUAUUAGAUUAUCAAACAGAUAACUGUUUACUUCAAUGGACUCGUCUACUUUUCUAAAUUGCUAAUUUAAAUGUUACGCUAAACUGCCAGUUUUUUUUGUAGUUAAUUAUUGGGACUAAAAUGAGUUUUUAGUCUAAAAAGUUUAAUGUGCUUUUGAAAGUGGAAUAGUGUUAUUUUGCAACUAGAUUGAUGAUGGUUUUGAGAAGUUCUAUUCAAUAACAGUGACGGAGUAAUUAAUUUUUGUAAAGUGUUCGAAGAUUAAUUGAUCUGAAAGAGAUCGUAAUGGACGGGAACAAUAAAUGGACCAUGUCCAAAAAAUUAAAGGCAAUCUGAAGAUGCUUGUGUCAGUGAGAAGGACCGCGUGACAAGAUGUGUAAGAACGUGAAGAGCGUGACGUGGGAGACUGAGACUUUGAUGGGCGGCCCGCCCAAGUCGCGGUGGGGGCAGUUGUGUCCCAGGGCGGCGCUGUCACAUGUUGGGUUGUUCGUCGCGCUCAUGCUUUAUACUGCUGGAGGAGGCUUGGUUUUCCGAGCAUUAGAAUAUCCAGCAGAACUAGCCAAACAAGAGUUCCAUCGGGAGCGUUUGCUCACAGAGCGAUGGAACCUCAUACGCUUCGUUUCCGAACGCAACGGGAACAUCACAUUAGAUGCUGGUGUUGAAAAAGUACUCAGCGAUCAAUUAGCACUUUAUGAAAAGGUUUUAGAAGAAGCAUCUUCGAGUGGCCUAUCAUUAGAAGUAGAAAGAAAUUUUCCACCCCUAGAAGAGAAAUGGAGCAUAUUACAAGCCGUAUUCUUUUCUUCCACAGUGCUCACCACAAUAGGAUAUGGGAACAUUGUUCCCGAAACUUUUUGGGGGAGAUUAUUCUGCAUCGCUUACGCACUUAUUGGGAUCCCAUUGACGCUAACAGUUAUUGCCGACCUGGGUCGAGUGUUUGCGACCUGCGUUUCGUUUAUAGCUAAACAGUUGCCUGCAAUGCCCCAGUGUUGUAAAAGAGUCAGUGAAGCGAACCCAGCAAGUCAGAGGUCUCUAUACGCCUUUGGUGCUGUGGGGUUUUUAUUCGUGUAUCUGUCUGCUGGAGCAGGCCUCUUCAAGAUGUGGGAGGACGACUGGAGCUUCUACGAUGGCUUCUACUUUUGUUUCAUUACCAUGACCACCAUUGGUUUUGGGGAUCUGGUACCAAAAAGGCCGAAAUACAUGCUUCUAUGCACGCUCUACAUUUUAAUCGGGUUGGCUCUCACUUCGACUAUCAUCGAGCUGGUGCGACGGCAGUACGCCAGAUCCUGGCAACAGUUACGGGCGCUCUCUGGCCCGCUGGCGGACACGCUGCGAAGACUCGGUGACGCCGGACGUGGAGUCGACGUGUCUGACCUUCGGAAAGUUCUUACUGUGUUGCAUCUUUCGCAGGUGACAAUGCCGCGACUGAGCGUCGGCAAGGAAGGCCUGUCAGAGAAACGUCAGCUGGAGUGGGAGGCGGCAGUGGAAGCUGUCAUACGAGACAUCACGUCCCCCACCACCCCACAGGCCAAGCCGCCUAUCGUCCAAAUAGUCAUAUACGAAUCAUCAGUCUAGUUUUCACUAAGAAUUGGGUACUCGCGAUUGCAAUGUAUUGAAUAUGUUUGUAAAGGUGAGAAUCCAUCAAAGUUUGAAAACUUUUUGGCAAGGCCAGCUACAUCGAGAAGCAUUUGAAAUGAACCCCAACGGAAUCUCACCUUUACAUUUAUAAAAGUACAGAAGUUGUAUCUGAAAAGUUUCGCACUCAAAAAAUAUUCUCUGUCAACGCCAAAGCAUUACUUCACUAGGCUUCACUGUUCACCCUUAUAAAGCUUCGAGCAAAUUAUGUCAUUUUGGCAGUAAUGAAGAUUAUCUUUCGGUGCUCCCUACUGUUUGAGCAUUCUAUUACGCCACAAUCACGAGGGCUGAUCACGAAUGCGUUAGUUCCGCGUGACAUUUCUACAUUACGGAACUUACACCUUGAAGUUCAAGGCCCUUUUAUCGAUUCUGCAAUGAUGUGUAACAAUAAAGUCACGAGUAUGUUAUUCUUUAAAAGUUUUAUGUCCAAGAAAGGCGACAGACACAGUAAAUUAAGUCAGAACAGUAUUUUUUGGAAAGUUUCGGUCUGUAAACAACUUUUUAAUACUGGCCGUUUGUACUUCGAACUUCUUUUCGACUGCGACUCGCAUUUGUUUUUCUUAAAAAAGAUAUUAACGCACGUGUAAUUUCGGUGACAGACAAUGACUUUAACAAUGGUAUGUGGGAACGUUCGCGUGCCAACUUCAGAAAAAAUGUGACUUGCUGUUUGUACAUUGAACUUUAUGUCUGACGAUCCGUAAGAUGUGUUUGGCGGCCUAUUGUCUAGACAUGACAUGUGAUAAACCUAAUGUAUUCAUUUAGAUUCUCGUCGAACGUUCAAUGUUAAAUAAAUUACCUAUUAUUUGUACAUUGUGUGAAUGUGUAAAUUCAGGGAUUGGUAAAUGUUGAUGUUUGCGAAGCACUUUUGUAAUUAAUUUUAAAGUUUAAUACAUAUUUUGCAAUAAUUGAUAGAUUGUAAGAGUUGUUAAUUUUCAAAUAGAUUAAACAGCAAUGUGUACCGGUUAUAAUUUUUAUUGUAAUGUAAUUUCAUUGGAUAAGUAAUUUAAUAAAGCUAAGCUGCUGCUUCUACAAGCUUUAUGAAUUAUGAGGUCAUAAAAAGACAUGUGUUUACGUUACGAAAUCUUUUUUGUUAAAAUUUGAAAUUACACGAGAUUUAUACUAUAAGUAUUAUGAUUAUACUUCGCUGUAGUUUUAUUAUUACAAUAAUUCUAAAUUGAAAA